GUGACAAGCAUAUGGCGUUCUCUUCCUUAAUGAAAGAGAAUUGACAGCUGUAAAACUAUAACUCCUGACAAAAACUGUGAUAGUAUAAGACAAAUCAGCAAAGUGCGAUUCUUUAUCCUUAUUUUGUUCCUCUAGUGUCAUCAUUGAAGUUGAAGGCUCAAAUCAGAAAAGAUUUUUCUUACUUUUGUCAAAAAAGUGUGUAGAAACUCUUUCUGUUGUUCCUGUUUGAAGAUAAACUGCAUACAAUGAUCAAAGUGAAACAGAAACACUCUGUGUGGUUGAAAAUAUACAUUUUUUCUUUCCUUGGAUAUUUUGCUGUAUCUGAAAAGAACAUUUAUCAGCCAAAGGGAACUACAGUUAUUUUACCAACAAGCAUAUCAGCUGAUUUAGAAAUUUUAACUAUACGGUGGUCAAUUUUUACAAAUUUCACAGUAAUCGCUACGUAUAUUUCUACUAAUACUAGGACAGACUGGAUUCCAGAAUAUAGGGGCAGACUCAGUCUCUCUAUGAAUAAUGGAUCACUAAAGAUUAAAGAUCUGACAAUAGAAGACAGCAGAAAAUACACAUGUAUGAUUGGGUUUAAACAAAGAGAAGAAUAUAAAGAUGUCAUUGAACUUAAAGUUUAUGAACCUUCUAAUCAUAUUGAGAUAAAUGGCAGCAACACAACACAGUUUAUAUUGAAUGGAGGCAAACCAAGUGAUCAUUCCGAGUUUUACUGGAAAUAUUAUAAAAAAGAUUCACCAUCCACAAUUGUGACUGCCUACAGCGAUGGACGUACACUUCCUGCUCAUAUGGAAGACAGGAUGAAACUGGACCCCGAUAGAUACACACUUACAAUUGAAAAGGUGACAGAGUCUGACAGUGGAAUUUAUGAAGCAACCUAUUUAAACCAAAAGAAAGAAUACAUUUUAGUGGAUACCUUUAAAUUAACAGUAAAGGGUGAUGGUUUAUCUAAUAUAGGAUCAGGUGAACGAGGCUGCUUUGCUGGAUACAUUUCUCUGCUUUUCACAGUAUUGAGCUGCAUGUACUGUAUAUAGUUUAGAAUACCAGACCUCAGUUUAUUCCAAUGCAAACAAUCAUUGUAACUUUAUUAUAUAUGUCCUUGUGAUUUGGAAAUGUAUUAAUGAUCUUUAAUAAUUCCUUAAUAAGAUCUAUAAUAAUUUUUUUAUUAAAGCUUAAAUUUGGUGUUUAUUUUCAUUCUGCUGUAAAGGUCUUAAAUAGAACAAAACCUAAUUCAGUAAAUAAUAAUUCAAAAUGACUGGUAUUUUGUAAUAUAAUGUUGGAAUAGUUUGUUUAAAAAAUAUGUUCUAAAAUAAUUUAACUCCACUUGAAUAUUUUUCUUGUUGUGGACUGGCGCCCUGCCCAGGGUUUGUUUCCUGCCUUGCGCCCUGUGUUGGCUGGGAUUGGCUCCAGCAGACCCCCGUGACCCUGUAGUUAGGAUAUAGUGGGCUGGACAAUGGAUGGAUGGAUGGAUGAAUAUUUUUCUUUUCAUGAUGUGCUAGUUGAUAGUUAAGUGUACUUGUAGGGGAGACCUGUUUUUUACAGACUGGUGCUGUCAAUAUCUGCUCAUUAAUGCAUUUAUUCCUUUUCUGCUUAUUUGAGGCAAAAGUAUAAACCUUCACAUUUAAUGUUGCUGUCCAGUCACUAAAAAUGUAUCCCGAAGCAAUGAUUGUUGAUACGUUUGAUUUUGCUGUGCUGACCAUAUUUUUGCUUAUCAUUCAGAAUGCAAUUUCAUGUAGAAAAAUAAUAUAUAAAAUGAUUGUAAAGAAAUAAUUUUAAUUUAAAAAAUACGAAACUCAUCCAUUAAAUGGUAGUUUCUAAUGUUCUUAGCAUUAUGGUGCUUUUAGGAGAUGCAACCCUUAAUCUAGUUUUAAAAGCAUUUCACGGUAAUAUGUGCCCUUCCAAUAUGUCAUUUUUGCUCAUUGUUAAUGAUAUUUACAAUAACACAUGAAAGUUAAAAAAUGUUCAGAGUUUAGUAUAUGCUGCAUUUUUUCAUGUAACCCUUAAACAGUUUUUUUUUUUAACAAAUGAUUUGAUUGUACAGUACAUGCUGUCAAGAAGACAGUAGUGUUGUGCACAAAAAUGAACUGCUAUGUGAUUUUAAAGCUUCUGCUAAAAAGGUUCCAUGAGUUAUUAAAAUGGCUCCUUGACAUCUCACUCAAGAUAGUUUUCUGAAGAACAAUACAUGUUUAUUGAUCACUGUUUUUGUUUCUGUUUUCAUAGAACACAAAAAGAAACAUUUCUGUCACAAAAUAUAUUUAUUCACACCAAACUGUUAUUAUUUGUUAUAAGAGCCAAUAUUAGACAUUUAAUGUAUACAUUAUAUUCACAUGAGUAUUUGCUUAACUAGAAUGUUACUUUUAUUUAUCUUAUUUGAAGAGAGAGAGAAGUUAGGGGGAUGCAUUGCCGCACCCACCACAUUACAAACCAACUCAGGAUCCCAGAUAAGGACCUGAUUGCAGCCAUGCAACGGGUGACACCUCAGCACUGGACUAGUUCAGAUGGAAUGGAACCAGUGUGAGGUGUCACCCGUUGCAUGGCUACACUUGGGUCCUAAUCUGGGAUCCUGAGUUGGUUUGUCAUGGGUGGUAGCUGCAGAAUUCUGCAAUCAGCUAGAAUCAGUAUAGAUAUUAGCUAGAUAUUACCUUAAAAAUACAGUGAACCACAGCUCAAGGUUAGAUGAAACUCCUGGGCAGAGGCCACAAAAAGUACUGUGUUAUUUGGCAGUUGCAAAAGGAAAUGUAUUUAUCACCAUAAGUUUAAAAAUGAUAGACUCAUCUAAAUUAUUUGUACUGUAGUUUCCUGCAAACUUCCAGAAAACGGGCCAUUUCUAGGACAUCAUAAGGUAUUUCGAUAAGUGUGACACUGCAGACAGACAGAUGUGCUAGGGCACUUUUUAACUUAUAAAGAUACACUUUUGAGUUACAGUACAUCAUGUUAAGCCUGGUACAUAUAAAAGACAUCGGAGGCAUUUCCCUUUCUUGCUUACUUGCACUAAAGAAAUCGGAGUGAGCUGAUUGUGAUGUUAAUUCAACAGCUAAAUUUAGAAAAGGCAAAACUAAGGUUUUAUGUUGAGAAAGUCUUUGAAAGCCUAGAUACAUCUUAUCAUCUGAUACUUACAUAUCACUGUUGAAUACAAAUUUGAUUAAGUCCAUCUAACAUAAAUUAAGUAUACUGAACAAUUAUAAAUUGUAAAACACAAACUAAUUAUUUAGUAUAGAAAAAACAGUCUAUUAACAGAAAAAUACAUAAUUCCACUUAUAAUGCAUGCAAAAAACACAAUUGACAACUAAUAAUAAAAUACAAUGGGUAGAUACAUAGUAGAUUUAUUUAACUAUUACUUGAUCCACAUUGCAUUUAAUUAUUAUUUGGCAAUUGUGCUUUUUGCAUGCAUUUACUUAAAACUGAUUAAGUCAGUGUUUGUGUUGCAAUUAUUUAGUACAUUUUCUUUAAUUUUUUUACUUAAGCUGGCACUUAAGUCUUCAAUCUGCCUCAAUAAUGAUUUAAGAUAUGAAAAGGUAGGGGAAGUGACUGCGAAGGUGUUAGGGAAUGAGAACGGAACUCGUACACAUGCGCUGCAAGGCCGCCCUGCUGGCCACUGCCGAGAGUUGAUUCUACAAUAAAAUUAAAUAAAAAGAAGAAUAACCUUGGAGGUCAACUGUCACCCCGAAAGCGGAUAGUAGACAUCACAUAGUAUAUGUGUACCAAAUUUCAAGUCAAUAGGUCUGUGAGCUACAGGUGAUUUAAAAUCCUGGAUAGACAAACAAAUAGCCACGGUAGCGUAUUAUAUAUAAAGAUAUUAGUGGAAUUAUAUGUUUUUCUGUUAACAGAUUGUUUUUUCUAAACUAAAUAAUUAUUUACAGUGUACUUAUUUGUGCUGACUUUCCUGAUUAUUCUAUAUUGUGGAAUUAGUAAACAGGUUCUGGUGAAUUUCAUGCUAGUCUCCUCUAUUUAUCCUAAAUUAAAAUAUUUUCUGUGUUAAAUUUAA